CCGCACAGAAAGGGUGGGGUUCGUGGUCCAACACCGCCCAAAAAAUUCAACUCUGCCAACUGCCGUGGUUGUCCAAGAAACCAGGAGAAAAAUGAAGGUAUAAUGGAAGAGAUAACGAGAGACUAAUUGGAGUGGCACAUAUUCUUCCCUUUCAAAGACCACCAAACUCAGCAAUAUCUUCCUCUUUGGCUAAAGAUCUGAAUGUUUUCCGCAUGAACUCGGGCGCGGGCAGAGUAAUGUUUCUUCUUUGAGCCUCUAAACCGAACAGAUUCAAAGGUUGAAUCUUUAUCUCUUUCCUGUCCUGUCUGUGGAUGGGUGAAGAGGGAAUGCCAAGUGAUGUGAAAAACACAGCUAAAACAAGUCCAAAACUCACAGUAUUGCCUCUUGUUGCUUUGAUAUUCUAUGAUGUAUCUGGGGGUCCUUUUGGUGUGGAGGAUUCAGUGAGGGCAGGAGGUGGCCCUUUGUUGUCUUUGCUUGGUUUCUUGAUAUUCCCUUUAAUUUGGAGUGUUCCUGAGGCUCUAGUCACAGCAGAGUUAGCCACAAGCUUCCCUGAAAAUGGUGGAUAUGUUAUUUGGAUAUCUUCAGCUUUUGGUCACUUCUGGGGUUUCCAAGAAGGGUUUUGGAAAUGGUUUAGUGGGGUCAUGGAUAAUGCCCUUUACCCUGUGUUGUUUCUUGAUUACUUGAAGCAUUCACUUCCCAUUUUUGACCAAUUAAUUUAUCGAAUUCCAGCACUUUUAUGUAUUACAGUAGGUUUGACAUACUUGAACUACAGAGGACUACACAUUGUUGGAUUUUCAGCUGUUUCCCUUGCUGUUUUCUCACUAUGUCCAUUUGCUGUAAUGGGUAUUCUUUCAAUUCCUCGAAUUAGGCCUAAACGAUGGGUGGCUGUAGAUUUUAGGAAGGUAGAAUGGAGGGGAUACUUCAAUAGCAUGUUUUGGAAUCUAAAUUAUUGGGAUAAGGCUAGCACUCUUGCAGGCGAGGUUGAAAACCCCAGCAAGACAUUCCCAAAGGCGCUAUUCGGGGCUGUGUUUUUGGUGGUUUCUUCAUAUUUGAUUCCACUUCUUGCUGGCACUGGGGCUUUGAAGAACUCGUCAAGUGAAUGGACUGAUGGAUUCUUUGCAGAAGUUGGAAUGUUGAUUGGAGGAGCUUGGCUUAAAUGGUGGAUCCAAGCAGCUUCUGCUAUGUCAAACUUAGGUUUGUUUGAAGCAGAAAUGAGUGGAGAUGCCUUCCAGCUUCUUGGCAUGAGCGAGAUGGGAAUGCUCCCAGCUAUUUUUGCUUCAAGAUCAAAAUAUGGGACACCCACUGUUAGCAUACUGUGCUCUGCUACCGGAGUGAUCUUCUUGUCAUGGAUGAGUUUCCAGGAAAUCCUGGAAUUUCUGAACUUUUUAUAUGCCAUAGGGAUGCUUCUUGAGUUUGCAGCUUUUAUAAAACUGAGACUAAAAAAGCCAGAACUUCACAGGCCUUAUAAAGUUCCACUGGGAACAUUUGGUGCAACAAUGCUUUGUCUGCCUCCUGCAGCAUUGCUUGUUCUUGUUAUGUGCUUAGCUUCUUUGAGGACUUUCUUAAUUAGUGGUGCAGUUAUUGUUCUGGGGUUCAUCUUAUACCCUACUUUAAUUUAUGCCAAGGACAGGAAAUGGACCAAAUUUGACACAGAACAGCCUGCAGUGCCUUCUGGUACCGUCAUGCCGGGCAACUCAGAUAUCGCCCAGCUGCAUCAAGAAACUGCCGAUGAGGCUUCAGUCAUGCUUCUUUCAGAUUUGUCCACUACAAGAACAGACCAAGAAGACUAUGAAAUUCUGGUGGAAGGAAAAGUGGAAUAGAUGCAGUGAUCUUGUAAAUUCAAUCCUCAUAAAUUUUAUUUAUUUGAAGAUCGGCAGGAAUUUAAUGUCUUCGAGAUACAUUCAAAAGCUGUUAAAAAUAUAUGCAUGUACUAUUUAUUUAAUCAAAUAUGGGAAAUAUGAAUUCUCAUUCUUGUUCAUUAAAGUCCAUGAUUGAAAAGAAAAUAUUAUCUUCAAGUAA